UUUCUUGGCUCUUUGCCCCGAACAGCGCCGCCCCUACUCACGACGGUCGCCAAAAACCAAGUCAUGGGCCUCCUCAAAUCGGCGGCGGCCGACGCCGUCCUCACCUGCCUCUGGGUCGCCUGCGUCUCCACCCUCGGCACCCUCACCUACCUCGCCGCCACCGCCCUCUCCGUCCCGCCCCAGUCCGCCGCCGGCCUCCUCAUCACCACCUCCCUCGCCUCCGCCCUCGUCUUCCUCUUCAGCGUCCUCGGCGCCAUCCUCGGCGGCGCCAGCUUCAACCCCGCUACCACCGUCGCCUUCCGCUCCGCCGGCCUCCGCCCCGACGCCUCCCUCUUCUCCAUGGCCGCCCGCUUCCCCGCCCAGGCGGCAGGCGGGGUGGCCGGCGCCAACGCCAUCCUGCGGCUGAUGCCGGCCAGGUACAAGCACAUGCUGCGGGGCCCGUCGCUGAAGGUGGGCCUGCACACGGGCGCCGUCGCCGAGGGCGCGCUGACCUUCGCCAUCAGCCUCGCCGUCCUGGUGAUAUUCGUGAAGGGGCCGAGGAGCUUGCUGGUGAAGGUGUGGCUGCUGGCGAUGGCGACGGUGGGUCUGGUGGUGGUGGGGUCGAGCUACACCGGGCCGGCGAUGAACCCGGCGAACGCGUUCGGGUGGGCGUACGUGAACGACCGGCACAACACUUGGGACCAGUUCUACGUGUACUGGAUUUGCCCCUUCGUGGGUGCGGCCGUGGCUGGUUGGGCGUUCAAGCUCUUGUUCCCAAUCCAGAAACCCAAGGAGAAGAAGGCUUGAAAAGAACCCAAAAGAAACAA